AUUCCGUGGACACCUCUGAAGAGGGAGCAGGUUCCAUGGGCGUCUGGCUGCGACUUUCUUUUUUGCUAUUGCUGACGUUGCUUCUGCGAGGCCUGGGGCAGUCCGCAUGGCCUGCGGCGGUGGCUGUGGCUCUGCGCUGGCUCCUGGGGGACCGCACGUGCUGUGUGCUGCUUGGCCUGGCUGUCCCGGCACGAUGCUGGCUCAUUCCCUGGAUGCCCCACUGGCUGAGUCUGGCAGCUGCAGCCCUCACGCUGGCUCUGAUGCCUGUGCAGCCGCCGCCAGGGCUGCGUUGGCUGCCCACUGAUGUAGCCUUUAUGAUCAAGAUGCUUCGCCUGGGCCUGGGCCUCAGGGUGCGCAUGAGCCGCCGGCCACUCCACACCUUUGUGGAUACCUUUGAGCUAAGGGCACGAACACAGCCAGACCAUGUGCCCUUGGUGUGUACAGGGCCAGGGGGCUGCACAGUCACUUUCAGGGAGCUGGAUGCCCAGGCUUGCCAGGCAGCGUGGGCCCUGAAGGCAGAGCUGGGCAGCCCCAGGGGCCUGCCUGCCAGGGAGCCUGUGGCCCUCCUGGUGCUGGCCACCCAGACCAUUCCCGCCCUGGGAUUGUGGCUGGGGCUGGCCAAGCUGGGCUUCCCGGUGGCCUGGAUCAAUCCUCAUAGCCGGGGGGCACCGCUGGUGCACUCGGUGCUGAGCUCUGGGGCUCAGGUGCUGGUGGUGGACCCAGACCUCCAGCAGAACCUGGAGGAGGUCCUCCCCAGGCUGCAGGCAGAGAACCUCCACUGCUUCUACCUCGGCCACUCCUCCCCCACACCAGGAGUGGGGGCUCUGGGGGCUGCCCUUGACGUUGCACCCGUGGAGCCUGUGCCAGCUGACCUGCGAGCUGGGAUCACGCCACAGAGCCCUGCCCUGUUCAUCUACACUUCAGGGACUACUGGGCUCCCAAAGCCAGCCAUCCUCACACAUGAGCGGGUGCUGCAGAUGUGCGGGAUGUUCCACCUGUGUGGGGUCACAGCUGAUGAUGUGAUCUACACCGUCUUGCCUCUUUACCACGUGAUGGGGCUUGUCCUUGGGGUCCUUAGCUGCCUGGAACUCGGAGCAACCUGUGUCCUGGCCCCCAAGUUCUCUGCCUCCUACUUCUGGGAUGACUGUCGGAAGCAUGGUGUGACUGUGAUCCAUUACGUGGGUGAGGUCCUGCGGUACCUGUGUGGCACUCCCCAGCGGCCAGAGGACCGGACACACACAGUCCGCCUAGCGAUGGGCAAUGGACUACGGGCAGAUGUCUGGAAGACCUUCCAGCAACGCUUUGGCCCCAUUCGGAUCAUGGAAGUCUACGGCUCCACAGAAGGCAACGUGGGCUUUGUCAACUAUCCAGGGCGCUGCGGCGCUCUGGGCAAGAUAAGCUGCUUCCUUCGAAUGCUGUCCCCCUUUGAGCUUGUACAGUUUAACACAGAGGCAGAGGAGCCUGUGAGGAACAAUCAGGGCUUCUGCAUUCCUGUGGGGCCAGGAGAGGCGGGGCUCCUGCUGACCCAGGUGCUGAACCGCCACCCUUUCGUGGGCUACCGCGGGCCGCGAGAGCAGACAGAACGGAAGUUGGUACAAAACGUGCGGCGCUGGGGCGACGUUUACUACAACACCGGGGACGUGCUGGCCAUGGACCACGAAGGCUUUCUCUACUUCCGCGACCGCCUCGGGGAUACCUUUCGAUGGAAGGGUGAGAACGUGUCCACGCGGGAAGUGGAGGGCGUGUUGUCACUCGUGGACUUCCUGCAGGAGGUCAACGUCUAUGGUGUGUCUGUACCAGGGUGUGAGGGCAAGGUGGGCAUGGCUGCUGUGCAGCUGGCCCCUGGCCAGACCUUCGAUGGGCAGAGGCUGUACCAGCACGUCCGCGCUUGGCUCCCUGGCUACGCUGCACCGCAUUUUAUCCGUGUCCAGGACGCCCUGGAGAUCACAAGCACGUUCAAACUGGUGAAGUCCCGGUUGGUGCGUGAGGGCUUCAACGUGGGCGUCGUUGCUGACCCACUGUUCGUGCUGGACAACCAGGCUCAGGCCUUCCGGCCCCUGACGCCUGACACAUACCGCGCUGUGUGCGAGGGAACCUGGAGACUGUGAUGAUCUGGCCACCCCAUAGGACGCCACAGGAGCAGGGCCCAAAGCUGACCCCCCCCCCACCCCACUUGCAGCAUCACCUGCACAGAGGCAUCAUGAAUUCCAGCUUGGCCAUAUCCAUAGCUGCCCAGGGUGGGACAACACUGGGCCAGGUAGCAGAGCAAAAAUAAAUUGGGAUGUGGAGAGAGAUGUCUGUGUGAAUGAAUACGCAAGCAAGGAGUGCAGGGCCUAAUGCCUCCCAGGAACCUUACUUCGGGAUCACCCCUCCACAUCCCACCAAGAACCUUGUUAACCUCAAAAGAGUCCAUUAGAAUUAACGCCCACCUGUCUAUGGCUUCUCAUUGGCUGAGUUGUAACCAUCUCCUAUUGGCUGGGCUGUAACUGGGAGGUGGAAGGUGGAAGCAUUCUUACUCUUGCUGGCUGGUGAAACCGAUGAAACAGUAUGGCGGCCGUCUUUAACCAUGGGAUCUGAGAAUUAAAUGAUGGGCAUGAAAGCGUCUCCGGCAGGCCUCCUGAUGCCACAUCAGUGAGGUGACCCGUAAUUUUCACAACUUCAACUAACGUGGAGCAGUGGUCCUGUCUGGGCAAGACCGGGGCGUGGAAUGAGCUGGUAGCCCCCAACCCACUGCAGGGUUUAAAAGAUGAGAACACUGACCCUAUAUGUGGGUCUUUUGUGGACUAUGAUGGAGCUGGUCCCGGGCCAGUGGGCGUGGGUCUGGUCUGGAGGAUGUGGGGAGAAGUGCUACGAUGGGCGAUCUGACAGGGCCACUGGAGUGAGGCAAGACGGGGGAGCCGGAAGUAGCUGAGGGAGGUGCACGUGCAAAGGCCCUGGGGCGUUAGCCUUGGGGUCAGAUGUUGGGUACAGAGGCCGCUAGGAAAUAGAGUCCGCAGUGCCUUAGGGCUGGAAGUGCCCUCUGGGGCAUUGUGGGGGCUGCAGACUGGGACACGCGAGAGCCCUUCUUAGGGAACUGUGGUCCGCGCUGUGACAGGGGUUUUAAAUGCCGCCUAAUCUUUGUGGGAAACGUGGCCUAGGGGCAGGGGAAAAGGAGUGCUCCUCAGCUCCGAAGCCUUGGGGGAAUAAAUAGGCCUUGAGGUCUCCAGGAAGGAAGUGUUGCUAGGGCAUCAAGCUGGUGUAGGUGGCGGCGCGCCAGCGUUGAUGCCUGGAGCGUUCUAGGAGCUGUGGCGGAGGCCUCUUGGAAGUGUAAUCAGCUGCGUGGAGGACCUGUGGUGGUUUCUGCAGCGUUCUGGGAGCUGUAGCAGAGGCCGCGGACGCGGAGGCCUCUGGGAAGUGUAGUCUCCGCUGCGUGGAGGUCCCGCGGCCCCGCCUGGAACUUUCUGGGAGCUGCAGUAGAGGCUGCCGUCGCAGAGGCCUCUGGGAAGUGUGGUCUGGGCCGUGUGCAGAUCCCAUGGUGGCGUCUGGAGCGUUUGGGCAUCUGUAGCCAAGGUGGCUUGAACAGGACCAGUUGCGGUGGUCGGUGCCCAGGUCGCGUCAGUCUUGGGCGCGCCCUGGGGGCGGGAGACAGGUCCCAUUGGAGUCUCGGCAUUUUUAGCAUGAGUCUCUAUAAGGCUGGGGAGAGGAAAUCCCGGGGCAAAAUACCUCUAAAAACCGAAAUCAGUCAAAGGGAGAAAUAAAGUUUAAAAUCCGUUUAUUGCUCACAAACUGCAGUCCUGCGCUCUCUUUCCUGCUCAAGCAGCAGCAAAACGGGCCCUCCCCCGUCCCCUCUCGGGUACGGGCCCUCCCCCGUCCCCUCUCGGGUACUGAUAAGCCCUCCGUUGCCCAGGUAAUUACCCAUUGAUAUGGAGAUGAACUUCUCCACCCCUGAGGAAAGAUGCAAAUGCACUAAAGCCAUACUUCUUUCCACCUCUGAACGCCUGUUGAUAUGCAGAUGUACCAAAGCCAGGCGAGAUAUUCUGGAAAUGUUAGAAUAUUACCCACAAGGUUCAAAGAAAGAAAUGCAUAUGUGUCUUUAUGUUGCAAAUGUUUUCCUGUUAGUAUUUUGCUAACCUUUUAUAUAUAUUUGUGGUAACUUUUCUCAGAUUUAUUAAGUUGUCAGUUGUUUCUUGAGUGAUCUGUGUGCUUUUUUAAAAAUCCUUUUAAUUCCAGAGGUCAUAACCUUUUAUUUUCCUAAUAUUUAGUAAAUCUGUAACCUAAUUUGGAGUGUGUAUGAGGUGAGAAUCUAUUUUUCUUCCAUAUGGGAAGCCAAUUGUUGCAGUAUGUGAAGUCCCCCUUGUCUUCACAUGUACCAAGUUCCAAAGUGUCUAUUUCUGGAUUCAUCUCGUUGCCCACUCCUGCACCAGUAUCACAGUUUUAGUAUCAUGUAAUUUAACAAUGUUUUUGCCUGGUAAAGCAAGCCUUCCCUACUUGUCAUAUUUUUCCAAAUUGUCAUAGCAAUUGUUGGACUCUUCCACAUGCAUUUUAGAAUGAUUUUGUGGGUUAUACCUAUGGGAUUUUUUAUUGGAGUUGUACUUAAUUUAUAGGUUAACUUGGGAUGACGUAUGUAUAAUGUUGUAUCUUCUGAUUCAUGAACAUAGUUUGUAGUUCCAGAGUCAGGCUUUUUAUGUACAUUCCAUGUUGUGACACAGGUAGACUGUCAUUAAAGGCUACUAAUUAUUUCAUUGUACAAGAA